AUGGAGAAAACUGAUGCAGUCAUGUUGUUGCCUAGAGGUAAUUCGAUUAUUAUCGACAAGGCUGGUGCUCUAGGGAGACCGAUCGUGACAGUCAUACAUGUACGUGAUGAUGGCCAAACCACCGACGACGACGACGACCUCACCAACGCUGUCCUCAAUUGCACAACCGAUUGUCUCAUGCUCUCCACCGGCUCCGACGAAGAAGCUCACCCUGACACGGCCUUGCAAAGAAUCUCAAGCCUCUGCAAAGAGUUGGAGAAUUCCAUCGAUUACAAAGAUGUGCAUCUAAAACUAAAAGAAACUCUUCCGAAACCGGUAUUGCCCUUCGAGAGGAGAGCCACUUAUGCCAGUUGGAACUCGGAGAAGAUGCAAGCAAAGGCUAUCAUCAUCAUAGCUAAGAGUGCGAUAAAGCUUGUGGCCAAGUGCAGGCCGAGCGUUCCUGUUCUCUCGGUUGUUAGGUCCUCAACCUACUCUGAACGGUCGUCUGAUGUGGCGAGUCGUGGCUUGUUGUCCCGUGGGGUCAUUCCGCUGAUGGGGGCAGGUUCCAAAAUAGAGGACAUGAUUAGUUUCGCUGUCCAAUUCGCAAAGAAAGAGGGAAUCUGUAAUGCUGGAGAUAAAGUUGUGGCGCUCCGCAUCCUCAAUGGUUAUCCUGCCCUCCUCACUCUUCGAGCUCCCUAG